AUGAUGAGUUCGCGGCCCUUCACCUGCACAGAGUGCACGCAGACAUUUACGAGAAAUGAAAACUUGGAACGACAUAAACGCUCAAGACAUGGUAGCGAUAGCCGCAGGCCGUUCAAAUGCGAAAAUUGUAAAGCCAGGUUUACCAGAAAGGAUGUGUGCAAGAGACACGCCGAAAGAUGUAGAGGCACGUUCAGCCGUGUGUUGAUGGUCGCCGGUAUUCAGAACGGAGCGGAGCAACCGGCACCGGCCUUUGAAGACACUGCUCUUUCACCAGACGACCAGGAUGAUUCGCCCUUUUCAACUUCUCAGGAAGGCGUUAUCGCUGGAGUUGGAGAUGACACCAUCUACCCAAAUAGCCCACCAGAAGCUGCAGAAGUGCCUGACGCGGAUGAGCUUCUAGUGACGGAGAUUAUGACGAGCGGAACAGAAACUUACGUAUCAACGUAUUUCGAGAAUUUCCAUCCAUCAUUCCCACUUGUGCAUCGACAAAGCCUAGGGAAUGAGUUACCCAAGUUAUCGAAGCAGAUCAUCGUUUCAAUUGGCAUGCUAUAUGCUUCUAGGAAUGUGUCUGAGGAGGAAACGGCAUCUUUGACGCGGAAGAGCCAAACCCUAUGGAAUCAUGGCCAUGAUGAACUUUGGCGAGUUGUUGAGGCGGACUGGAGAGAAAUCCGCAGGACAUGGGUUAUGCAAGCAUGGCUCCUGCAUAUAAUCUAUGGGGCCUUCACUGGCAAUGCAUCUGACUUCGACAAAUCAAAGAAAAUGUUGCGAUGGAUUGUAGACGCCGCUCGAGACCUCGGUCUCCUCCGUCAAAACGUUUUCCAGUCAACAUCCAGGUUCAGAGACUCGGAAGAACAGACAUUACACGAUCACUGGAUUUCAUACGUUGAGUCGGAGUCCAUGAAGCUAUCCAUGUACACUCUGCUGUUUCUCGACUUUCAUAUUUUCUCCCCUUGCAACAUUCGCCCGCUUACCACUCCCACCGAGCUCGAUUGGGAGCUGCCCCUUGCUUCAUCAUUAUGGGAAGCGGACACAUCGUUAGCAUGGGCUCAACGGCUCGGAGACGAACCCCGAACCGUCGGACUGACCCGGUCUCACGACACGCCUGGCAUGACUUGCCCAACAACAAAAUCACUAAACCUUGCCAUGCAAUCAUUGAUGACGGACACACCGAGUCCGCAACUUUUAGCGGCGCUACGUGCUUCGCCGAUGGCAACACUCUUCGUUCUCACCAGUCUCGAUUCACUCGUCAGGGAUUUUACCCGGUGCUACUAUCAACUCCCACCGGCUUUGGCCGACCCAAACGCGUACCACAUUCUCACUCAAUCUCAAAACCGACAGGUCAGUGCAGCUUUACGAUACGUCUCUGAGAUCAUCACAACGCAAAUCGCAGCGGCAGAUAGCUCGAACUGGCACAUCUUGAACUUUGCUGAGCGUAUCGCGCUCUCUGUUAAGCUUGCGCUCUGCAAACCCGAUGAUCUUCUGAUUGGUGGUAUCGUGGAGAAUAGCGUCGUUGCUGGCCUCACCACCGCGACACAUCUCACCAUGGGACUUCAAGUUGGAGCUCGCAGAUCGUUGCAAAACCUCCUCAGAUACAACUCCGGCGAUGACGGGAUGUUGAUCUUCCUUGAUGACUUGAUGGACGUCCUGUCAAGUGUGACAAGCAUCGAGAGGCAAGAUCCGUUGCGAGAAGCGCCGUGGGCGACGGUGGCUACAUACAAGAUCCUCCUGGCAAUAUGGAGAUUAUUGCGAUGGGCAACAGGAGAGAUGCGACGGAAGUCAGGGACCCAGCCGACCGUCCGCACUCGGUUUGAGGCCUCUACCAUUGUCUUCAAUUCCAUCCUUGAAGUCUUGCAGCGACAAGAGGACAUUGAUGGCCAAACUCGGCGCCUCUCGGUUCGGGAGUCUACCGCAUUAGGCAUGGCGUCGGAGGCGAGCGAGGUACGCUUCAUGGAAACUGUAUUGCAGUUCUGGAAGGGGAGACCUGUUUGGGCAAUGGGGUCCUUCAUGACAACGGUGCUCGAGGAGGUCAUCUCGGCUGGUGGUAUGGCUUAUGAGUAA